AGUCGCGUGCUCGGCCUUCUCUUCUCUUUUGUUCCAGUCGUAGCUGUGAGCUCGGAGAGAACCAAGACCCUUAAUCUACCUCGAGAACACCGCAGCAACAGCAGAUCGCCAUCAUGCCAGGCCUUUUCUCUGGCGCCAAAGAGUCCAAGGGCAGUCAGUCCCUGGUCGCUCGCCAAAAUGCCUCCAAACCCCAUGGUAUCCGUGGUAUGUUCAAGAACCCUUAUGUGGCCUUGACUUGUGUUUUCGUGUCUCUCGGUUGUAUGAUGUACGGAUACGACCAGGGUGUCAUGGGACCGAUUCUGGUUAUGGAGAACUUCAUGAACCAUUUCCCUGGCCUUAUGGGCUCCAACAUUCAAGGAUGGCUCGUUUCUGCUCUUGAAUUGGGUGCUUGGGCUGGCGCUCUUUUCAACGGUUACUUGUCCGACGCUAUCUCCCGUAAGUACAGUAUGAUGUUUGCUGUGUUCGUCUUCACUCUCGGAACGGGUCUCCAAUCCGGCGCUCAAUCACCUGCGUAUUUCUUCGCCGGUCGUGUCAUCGGUGGUUUCGGUAUCGGUAUGUUCUCCAUGGUCAUUCCAUUGUACCAGGCCGAGAUCGCUCCUCCCGAGCUCCGUGGUUCUUUGGUCUCCUUGCAGCAACUUUCCAUCACUAUCGGUACAACCAUUGCUUUCUGGCUUGACUUCGGUUUCUCCUACAUUGGUAGCACCCACUGCAAGCCAGAGGGUAUUGCAAAUCCCUAUGACUCCAAAAACAACUACAACUACGACGCGAACCAUACCCAUGGUUGCACUGGCCAGAAGACUGUCUCGUGGCGUGUCCCCUUGGCUUUGCAAUUGAUUCCUGCUUGGAUCUUGUUCUUCGGAUUGUUCUUUUUCCCAUUCUCCCCGCGUUGGUUGAUGUUGAAGCACCGCGAAGACGAAGCCCGUGACGCUCUCAGCAGACUCCGCCGUCUCGAUCCUCAUGAUCCUCUUCUCACCGCCGAGUUCUUGGAAAUCAAGGCUGCUGUUAUGUUUGACGAACAAACCGAAGCUGAAUUGAUUGGCAGCGGUGGUGUGCUUGCCCCAUGGAAAGCCCUUUUCGCUCCCAACAUGCUCAAGCGUGUCUUCUUGGGAAGUGGUAUGAUGGUGUUCCAACAGUUCACCGGUAUCAACGCUGUGUUGUACUAUGCUCCACAAAUCUUCAGGAGUUUCGGUUUCUCUUCCACUACCACUGAUCUCCUCGCUACUGGUGUCACUGGUAUCCUGCAGAUCAUCUUUACUCUUCCCGCUGUCUUCUUCUUGGACAAAUUCGGUCGUAAGACUUUCUUGAUUGUCGGUGCUCUGGGUAUGUUCAUCUGCCACGUCAUUGUCGCCUCCGUUGAAGGUGUCUACAAGCCCCAGUGGGACAAGAAUGAGCAUCUUGCCGUUGCACAAGGUUGGGUUGCCAUUGUCUUCAUCUGGCUCUUUGCCGUUAACUUUGCCUACUCCUGGGGUCCCGUCGCAUGGGUGCUCGCCCAAGAAAUCUUCCCUGCCAGUAUGCGUUCUCGCGGUGUUGCCAUUGUCGCAUCCACCAACUGGAUGUUCAACUUCAUCAUUGGUCUCACCACCAAGGACAUGCUUGACUCCAUGAAGUAUGGUACUUACAUUUUCUUCGCUAUUUUCUCUCUCGGUGGUGGUUUCUUUAUCUGGGCCUUCUUCCCUGAGACCAAGGACAAGACCCUUGAGGAACUCGACGUUUUCUUCGGUGGUGACAUGGGUAGCAUUGCUAACAGGGACCGUGAGCGCAUGCAACGCAUCUACGAAGAAUUGGGAUUGGCUUAUGCUACUGAGGUGUCUGACCUCAAGGUUAACGAGAAGGAGAACAUCGCUACCCAUGAAGAGUAAAUACGGUUUCUUGCGAUGUUGAUUUUCGGAUCAUCUAUAUAAUCUGGAAACAGACAAGCUUUAUAUACGCUAGCUAGUAUCCCUUGAUCUAUAUCUAUUAUCAGACCUAAUUACUGUC